CAGCAGCAGCCAAUCAGCAGGCAAGCUUAAUGCGUGCCUACCCCCCUCACCCCCCCUUCGGUAUAUAAAGCAGCGAGCGCGUGGCCCAGUGUCUGCCUGACGCGACACACGCACCACCAUGAGGCACUACGCAGCGCUCCUCCUCGCCGUCCUGGGAGCGGGAUGCUGGCAGGAAGCAGCGAGCCAGAGUUACGACGAGGCAAUCUAUGUUGAGAACGGCAUGCCGUGGAGGGGACAGUAUGGAUACAUCGACUAUUGCCAGCCAGACUCCGUGCGCAAUCAUACUUUCGCCUAUGCUCUCGAAUUCAAGUAUGACGACCUGGACGACCUGGACUUCAUCGGCGGCGACUCGGUGAAGCUGUACUGCCGCGACGAUGCAGGCGACACCACCGGCUACAUCACCAGCCUCCAGGGGACGCACGGAGAGUGGCAAGGUAUCCGCUCUUGCCCGGAAAACGAAUACUUCAUUGGUUUCCGCCUGAGAGUCUACCCGGAACAAGGCACUUUUGGCGACGACUUUGCCGUGGACAACAUUCAGCUCGCCUGCUCGGACGGGACAGUCGUGGAUGGACUGGACGGCGUGACCCCUCCCCCGCCCUACCUUGGCAACCCGAGAGAUGAGGAGGACGAUACGGCAGUGCAUAGGGCAUGGGUGAAGAUGAUUGGACACCGGCUAGAGGCGGUGAGCCUGCACGCAGGUCCUGACGCGAGGCUCAACGGAAACUGGGGGGCGUGGGCGUACUGCUCCCAGGGGCUGUACGUGAUGGCGAUACGGACCGUGGUGGACGAGGGGAGCGUAGGGGACGACGCGGGUCUCACCGAUGUCAUCCUCUACUGCUCUAGCCCGUGACCCUCAAGCCAGUCUUCCUAAAAGCAUCGGCGCCUCAGUUCACCUCUUCGAAAUGCCUCUCGUGGAAGAUGCUACGAUUUUCAAGGACUGUUUUGUGACCCCAGUGAUAGUUUUGCACGAUUUCCGCACACCACGAUCGAGAAAAUCACCCAAAUCCGGCUAAUCUUCUCUGUGGCCUUGUAAAGCGGUCAUAAUUGGACCCCGAUGGGUUUUCUUAUAUGAACUUUAGCCUCAGCCUCCUCCCACACCCUACUGGUUCUCAAGGUGCCUGACACUCGAAUUAUCAAACGUUCAGGACUUGUUGCUCUUGUUCGCUAACGUUCUUCAAGGCCGAGAUGAGCUCCGUCGGGUUGUCAUGAGUGCUUUCCCGUUCACAGCGCGGAGCCCCUGCCAAACUACCGCCAGGCUCAGGACACCACCUAUGGAAACCCCGACAACUUCCGCGAGCGCCUUUUGAAACAGAUGGACUAAGGCUUCGAAGAGUUUGACACUAUGGACCAAGACCUCCAGCUUCUGUUUCCUACUACAUUGGUGGUGUUUAAGACCGCCAAGCAAUCCUUGCACAUCUAAACCUGCUUCUGUGUUUCUCUCGUUCCCUGGUCCCCGAAAUCCAAUAGGUGUUUCGGUACUACAAAACUUUGGGAUUGAAAGUUUACAUUAUCAUUGUUUCCUAUAAGCACUGCGGCAAAGUAAUAUUCGAUACAACAAAUACAGUGCACACAAUGUAUUUCUGAUGUGUAUAUUACAAUGUUCAAAUACACCACUAAACAAUGGA